AUGGCGGCCUCCAUCGUUCGUUCUAGAAGGGCUGAAGUCUCUUCCCCCUUCCAGAACCACCUGCACUCACCGCGUCACCACCGGUCGCAACCCCAGCGACGGAUGCCUAUCGCCACCGCGGCAUCGUCGCGUCAAAAUAUCCUCCAUAACACCGUACAAAACGCCAAACGGGCCCGCGAGGUGUCGGACUCCGACCUAGAUCCCAUCACAUCCAAGAAGGCACGGAUCAGUAUCGAAUUGCUCGCAAAGAGCGCCCGUAAGACGGAGAAGGCUCCGCCGACAAAUGCGGCUGCCCGUGCUGAAGUGCCUGCUGUCAACAAGCCCACAUCCCUUGCGGCUACAGGCAACAAAACCACCGCCAAGCCCAACCGAGCUGUCGAGGCUGAGCAGCCAGCCAGCACCAAACACCAGGAAAAGGUCAUCAAGGGCCUCAAGCACGAACUCAAGGAGCUCCAGCCGUCAGCGCCUGAGAUCAAGGAACAGGGCCGCAAGCUGCGGUCGCAAGAAGCGACGCGCUUCAAGAGCGAGCUGUCCGCCUAUUUCCCCGACUACGAUGAGGUAAUCGGGAACGAUCCCAAGGAAGAACGUGAGCACACCAUCUCCCUCGUUUCCUCUUCCACAAUUGCAAAAUUGUGGUGUCAUAUCCUGAACAUCGAGACGCCGAUCGUCGUCGUCGCAGGUCAGCCACUUCCUGACUCCAAGGGGCACAUUCCCCCGCACGGCUCGACAGCUAGGGGCCAAAAUUACGCACCCCACUCCUACGAUAAGUGGCCUGUGAGAGGCUACCGCGACGCCCUCUUCACCGAUCUAUUCGAUGCGCAAGUCAUCAACUUUGGCUUUCUCGAGACCCAAUACAAGGGCAGGACCCCAAACGACCCCCUACCGGAUUCAUACUUUGAACCGGCGCACAAGAAGGCAGAGCGCCUGGAGAGAUCGAUUCGGAACUCGGAGAAGGGACGUGCUCAACAUGAGAAGGAUCAGAUCAUCCGCCUGCUCGAGGGGCUCCAAGGCCAUGACUGGCUGAGGACCAUGGGUGUCAGCGGCAUCACAGAGAGCAGAAAGAAGACGUUUGAACCGGCGAGGGCCCAUUUCAUCAAGGGAUGCAAGGCCAUCUUGGAGAAGUUCAGGCUAUGGAGCCAAGAAGAGAAGCGCAGGAAACUCGAAAAGGAACGCGCAUUGGCCGAAGAAGCACGGGCCAGAGAAAAGGAAUCGAGCAAGGACUCUGAAGAAGAGGAGAGUGAGGAGGAGCACGAAGCGGAGAGCGAGGACGAUGACAGCGAGACAAACCCAAGCAGCGCGGGCCGCGAGACCGACCAGAGUUCGCGAACGAGCAGCGACCGGACCAGUGAUGGCGAUUCCCGCGAGAACAGCGAUGUUGAUGCCCAUAUCGAAAAACAGCUGCGUAACGACAUCCUGAUGGCGUCGUCGAAAUCAGACGGCAAGAAUUCAAAGCAGCGCAAAGCCCCUCCUGCCCGGCUACCAACCCCGGAGCCGCCACCGCCACCUCGAGAGUUCACUUCCUUUUUCGAAAAGAAAUACCAGAGGGAUGCAGCUCUGAGUAAAAGCCGCAGGAAAGGCAGGACUGUGCUGGCUUGGGGCCAUCCGGUACCGGAGCCACCUGAGGCAGACUUCGACCUGCCCGAGGAGUUUCGAGACGUAGAGACCCUCAGGUCACAGGCCAGGCGGAAGCGACGAGACAGGCGAGGUGUGGGCAAACCUUGA